GCUAUUAUUCAUUCAUCACUUGUAAACAAUCUUUUCUCCCGCGAUUGAAGGUUGUUUUGGUUGCUCUCUCUCUUUCUCUCUCUCUCUCUCUCUCUCUCUCUAUUUCCUCCGAUUCGAUCUCCCUCCGUCUCAUCGUUUCCGAUUCUAGGGUUUCCGCACCGAUAACGAUUCCUCCAAUUCAAUUUGGGGCAGAGCGCUAGGGUUUCUGCGCUGCUAGAUCCGUUUUCGGAUUUCCGGUUUCGUGAUUCUGCGCCCUUUCUUCAGAAAUUCACCAUGUUUUGGCGCAUGGCUGGUUUGUCCACGGCGUCUCCGGUGGAGACCAUUUUGGAUAAGGAGAAUUUUACUUUGGAUGAACUACUUGAUGAGGAUGAAAUUAUUCAGGAAUGCAAAGCUCUUAACAGUCGCCUUAUAAAUUUUUUGUCUGGAAGAGCACAGGUGGAACAAUUGACACGAUACAUCAUUGAAGAAGCUCCUGAGGAUGCUGAAAAGAAGCGAUCUUUUAAGUUUCCUUUUAUUGCAUGCGAGAUUUUUACCUGUGAAGUUGAUAUCAUACUCAAAACUCUUAUAGAGGAUGAGGAAUUGAUGAAUUUGUUGUUCUCCUUUUUGGAUCUAAAUCACUCCCAUAGUAACCUACUAGCUGGAUAUUUUAGCAAGGUAGUUGUAUGCCUGUUGUUACGUAAGACAAUUCCUUUCAUGCAAUAUGUUCAAGCUCACCAGGAAAUUGUGAAGAAACUAGUUGAGUUGAUUGGAAUUACAUCUAUCAUGGAGGUUUUGAUACGCUUGAUUGGUGCUGAUGAAAAUAUGUAUGUAAGUCAUGUGGAUGCAAUGCAGUGGAUUGAAGAUACUAAUGUGCUUGAGAUGAUUGUGGAUAAAUUCAGUUCUUCAGACUCUCCAGAAGUGCAUGCUAAUGCAGCAGAAACUCUCUGUGCUAUUACUCGAUUUGCUCCAACAGGGCUUUCUGCCAAAAUCUCCAGCCCGAGCUUUAUAGGAAGAUUAUUCCAUCAUGCUCUUGAAGUCUCUCGGCCAAAAUCUGUUCUCGUUAACUCUUUAUCUGUAUGCAUAUCUUUGCUAGACCCCAAGAGACAUACUUUUGGCGCUUAUUAUACAUAUAACCGCCAAAUGACUAAUGGAUCUACUGUGACUGCAAAUCCUGAGACUGUUGAAGGCAUGCUUGAAAGCCUAGGUGAUUUACUCAAGCUCUUAGAUGUUUCUUCUGCUGAAAAUCUCUUGCUAACUACUUUUGGCAAGUUACAACCACCUCUUGGUAAACAUCGUUUAAAGAUUGUAGAGUUUAUAUCAGUUUUAGUAACUGUUGGUGGUGAAGCUGCUGAGAGGAAAUUGAUUGAUCUUGGAGCAGUACAAAGAAUUAUUCACUUGUUCUUUGAGUACCCAUACAAUAACUUUUUGCAUCACCACGUGGAAAACAUUAUAAUGUCUUGCUUGGAGAGUAAAAAUUCUUCUCUUCUGGAACAUCUUCUCCGUGAUUGUGAUUUUGUUGGGAAAAUUAUACAAGCAGAAAAGCAAUUCACGUUGGAAGCUGAUACAAAUAAGCCAACAAUACCUGCUGAGGGUAAAUCAGCACCCAGGAUAGGAUGCAUAGGACACUUAACCCGUAUAUCUAACAAACUUGUCCAGUUAGGGAAUAACAACAGUGUGAUUCAGGAACAUUUGCAGGGAAAUAGUGAAUGGAAAGAUUGGUACCUGAGUGUUUUAUCUAAUCGCAAUGCUGUGGAAAAUGUCUAUCAAUGGUCGUGUGGGAGACCAACAGCGUUGCAUGACAGAAAUAGGGAUAGUGACGAGGAUGAUUAUCAAGAUCGGGACUAUGAUGUUGCUGCAUUAGCUAAUAAUUUGAGUCAGGCCUUCCGUUAUGGCAUUUACAAUAAUGAAGACAUUGAAGAGGUACAUGGCUCUCUUGAACGAGAUGAUGAGGAUGUCUAUUUUGAUGAUGAAUCUGCAGAAGUUGUUAUAUCUUCUUUGCGGUUGGGAGAUGACCAUGAAAGUGGGUCUCUAUUCACAAAUUCCAACUGGUUUGCUUUCGAGGAGGAUAGAGAUCGGGUUGCCAAUGAACGCUCAACAGGUUCCCUUGCUUCUCCAUCACCUAAUGCUGAUGAGGUUUUUGUAAAAGCCAGUGGGGAUGUUGUUGUUGCUGGUGAAGAUGAGGAGUUAGCUGACACUGCAACAUCUCCAGAAGCAGGACUAAAAUUAGAACAUGGUGGGACCGAUAAACCAGUUGAGUGGGUUGAGUGGAGGGAAUCUUCAGAUGCCAAUGACCCUUCUGAUGUUCUUCCCAAUGGAGAACUUGAGAUAGAACCUGGGAACAGUAAUCCUGGUCUAGCCGAAUCAUCAUCUUCAUCAUCCAGUGUUGCAUUAACAAAGGAUGAGCAGAUAGCUACUGAUGAGCCAUCAGCUUCUCUCAAUAACUCAAGCAUUGAAACCUCUGAGAGUAACAAGGACAAAACUGAGCCGACUCUAGGAGUUGAUAAUCCAAGUUCAGGGGCAUCCGCUUCUGUGAAUGAGCCAGUCACUGAGGUUGGAGGAGACAGUAACAAGAACACAACUGACAACAAAAAAGCUGUGGAUGAGUUGGUCACUGAGGUUGGAGGAGACAGUAACAAGGACACAACUGACAACAAAAAAGCUGCGGAUGAGUUGGUCGCUGAGGUUGGAGGAGACAGUAACAAGGACACAACUGACAACAAAAAAGCUGUGGAUGAGUUGGUCGCUGAGGUUGGAGGAGACAGUAACAAGGACACAACUGAUGACAAAAAAGCUGUGGAUGAGUCGGUCAAUGAGGUUGGAGGAGACAGUAACAAGGACACAACUGACAAUAAAAAAGCUGUGGAUGGGUCAGUCACUGAGGUUGGAGGAGACAGUAACAAGGACACAACUGACAACAAAAUGGGAGUCAAACAUGAAUAGAUUAUGUAAAUUCUUGUGAACUGGCUUGGGUGGCUAAUCAGGCAAACAUUAAUCAGGUGGGAAGAUACAUCCUGGAGUCUGGCAGGGCAAGAGCAUUUAGGACCUCUCUGCACACUUAUUUUUUUAAAUAGGAGUAUUGAAUUUUUAUUCCCACCAACUUCUGAAGCUAGAAAUUCAAUGUUUGAUGAGACUUUAGCUCAUGCAUUAGGUGCUACUGAAUUCUUCACCUGUUCAUACAAUUGUUUAGCUUGCCCAAUUAGGUGCUACUGAAUUUUCACCCUUUUCAUCUUUAACUGUUCAUAUAAAAAAAUGUCUCUCCGUUCCGAGUGUUUCGGUAUGUGAAGAUGGGUUCCUUGAUUGACUUGUUCAAUUGCUCAAAGUAACCUUGUAUGAUGAUUUUUAUAGGAAGCAAGUGGUUGAACUCAAGCUCAGGUCACGUGGGUCUUUAGCAUUGCAAAGCUUGGGAUUGUUGCUCAUAAGGACUUGCACUUCAGAAAGCAUACUGAAAGUGAUAAAAGGACGAAAAUUGAAGGGGUUGGAGGAGCGUUUUGUAAUUACGAGUUUUCGGAUGAACAAUAUUCGUUACAUUAUUACAUACUUUGAACCCUCGGGUUCUGAAACUUGUAUUGACUUGUUCCAGUAUAUUGUAUAAGUUCCCUUCCAAAUCACCCUUAGUUGGUUUUAAAGAGUUGCAUUGAAUUCCUAUGCAUUGUCCUUUUAUGUGUUUAUAAGAGGGGAUUAAUGUGCUGGUAA